UUCUCCCCAGUUCACACGCUUUCAUAACACCGCCUUAGGCAUCCUGCUCGCCUUCUCGGCUCGUAUUCCUCCUUCUUCCUCCUUUCUAGCCCUAAUUCUGGUUCCUCUCUCGCCCAAAAUUUAUUGGAGCGGACGCUCGCAUCUCGAUCUCUCGUCGUCUCCCUGUGGACCAGGUUCGGCAAUCCUAGGUUCGAUCGGUUUCCCGUGUUUAUUCGAUCCAAUCGCGCUUUGUCAGAACGCCUUUCAUCUGUGUUUUUGCGCUUAUUGAGGUUCCAGCGAUUGAAGGCUUGCUCUCGUCCCCGAGCAAGGGAUGUUCUUCUCGGGGGAUUCAUCCGCUCGGAAACGAGUGGAUUUAGGUGGACGUAGCUCCAAGGAGAGUGACCGGCAGGUAUUACUGGAGCAAGCGAGACUUGAUAGGAAACGACGUUUAGAGCUUCGGCAGCAAACUUCGGCGGCCAUCAAAAUCCAGAAAUGCUUUAGAGGGAGAAAGGAUGUGAAAAUGACACGCUCAAAAGUGCGGGAGCAAUUCAAGGUUACAUUCGGGGCCCAUGGAGAGAAGGCAAAUUGGCAAUGCUUUGGUCCUGACUCAGAGUUUCUACCUCAACUGCUUUUCUUCACUUCAAACAACAGCACUGAUGUUACUAUUCUUGUAGAAGCUUGCCGACUGCUUUUGCAGUAUGUUCAACAAAAUGGCAAUAUUGUAUCACUUUUUUCUGGUUUGGAUUACUCUUCUCAAAAUCAUUCUCUAGUGGAUUUUAGGGUGAAGAAGCUUGCAUAUGCUUGCCUUCAUGCAAUCUUCCAUAAUCGGAACCAGUGGAAGGACAAUUUACUGGUGUCGUCCACGUACCCUUACUUGCCAGUGGUUGUCUUAUUUGAAACGGUGACUUGUUUAACUGCUCCUGCCCUUCCAUGGAACUGUACUGUCAUUGAUUAUCUGUCUCAGAGAAAAGUUUUUUUGCUGUUGCGUUGCAUCAUUCUUACUGGUUUGCAUGACGUGAAAACUCCUUUGCUCCGUGGCAGCGUAUCCUCUUUGGAGCAUGUCCUUAUAAGUCUUGCUUCCCAUGUUGGUCAGGAACCAUGCUAUUGUUCAAGUGUUGAUCAAAGAUGGAGUUUUUCUUUGCAAAUACUUUCAAUACCAUUUUUGUGGCAUCACCUUCCUUUCUUCAAAGAGGUCUUUUGGGCAAACCAUUUGGGCAGACAUUAUAUGCAUCAAAUGGCUGAUUUUUUGCCUAAUCAUUCCAGUAUUGUUCUGAAUGAUGUAUCACAAGAAUACCCAGGUCAUGCAUGUUUGCUUGGGAAUUUGACUGAAGCUGCUGGAGUAGUCCUGUCUGAUCUAAACUCCAGUUCUCAUACUGCAAUCGACUUCCUAACUGUUUCAACAUUUUUAUUGGGAUUAUUGCCUUGCAUGGAUGAAUCGCCUAGACAAAGUUUCAGUCCCUUUCAAAUCAAGGCAAUGCUGCCAGUGCUGGUAUGGAAGACGAAGUUGGAACAUGGCUCUUUUAUUGAAGUCCUACAUCAUCUUUUGCAGGCGAUGUAUGAGGGUAUCCUUGUGGACAUACCAUUUGCAACAUUCUUCCUUAGUAAAUUGAAAGAGAAGAGCAACUUUUUGCAUGAUUUGCCUUCACUAGAUCCAGAGCUGUAUCGCCACCUUCUCUUCUUAAAGCAUUACAAAGGUGAUGUGUCGGAACUGGAACUGUAUUUUGUUGUUGUAAAAAAUGAAUAUGGAGAACAAACAGAAGAGGAACUAAUUCCUGGUGGAAAAGAUAUGCGCGUUACGAAUGACAAUGUGAUCUCUUUCAUUCAUCUUGUUGCGAAUUAUCGCUUGAAUUAUCAGAUUCGCAUUCAAAGUUUACACUUUUUACGAGGAUUUCAACAGCUUAUCCAGAAAGAAUGGAUUGAAAUGUUCAACGAGCAUGAAAUUCAGCUUCUUAUAUCAGGGUCACUUGACAGUAUGGAUGUGGAUGAUCUGCGUUCAAACACUCAUUAUGCUGGUGGCUACCAUCAUGAUCAUGAUGUCAUUGUGAUGUUCUGGGAAGUGCUCAAAAGCUUUUCUUUGGAGUACCAGAAAAAGUUCCUCAAGUUUGUGACUGGCUGUUCCAGAGGGCCACUUCUUGGUUUCAAGUAUCUUGAACCAAAGUUCUGCAUACAAAGGGCUGCUCCUUUUGAUGUUGCUGAAGAAGAUCUUGACCGCCUACCAACUUCUGCCACAUGCAUGAAUUUACUGAAGUUACCUCCAUAUCAAACGACGGAACAAAUGAGAACCAAAUUAGUCUAUGCAAUAAGUGCAGAUGCUGGUUUUGAUUUGAGCUGAUUCCUGGUCAUCGACACUCGUAGUUUACAUAAAACAGCUAGAGCAGAUUCCUGCUUAUCUUGUCUUCGCAUGCUUUCUGAUGAUUGGGUUGUCGAAGGCCUGAUUGAAUGAUUCUAGCCUCCAUCAUGAAAGCGAACACAGGGUGUUACAGCGGCUCCAUAAAAGGCUAUGACAAACAAAGACAGUGGUACUUGUAGAUACUUGGGAAGACGGUGGGAGCUUCCAAAUUGGAAAAAAAAGAUUAUAUUCAAAUCUGUAAAUACUGAAAUCGAUGUCUGGUCACCCAAUGUUAGAAAUGAGGUUAAUUGAAAUGUACACGCCUUCUUUUUUUUGUGUACUGGUGAUGCUAUCAUCCUACUUGUAAAUUUCUGCAUACUGGAAGUUAGUAGCAUAGGGCUUUCUAGUUUGUGUAUAAUUAUUGGAUGGUUGGAAAUAAUUCAACAGGUUUUAAUUAUAAGUACUCUGCUAUUUUAAUUUUA